GAGGCCACUCUGGACUUGGGCAUUGAACUUCGCGGAACAAAUUGCAACAGAGCUGCUUCGAAUCAAAGCCUUCAAGAAGGCCAAUAUCGCAGCCAUGGCCCCUUCCAUGUCGCUUCAUAGCGUCGUUGCUAUUUUGAUACUUUCCACAGACACCUCACCAGAGUCCUCACGCCUCUUCGCCAAAUACUACCAUGCUCCUCACACAUCUGCCACGCAGCCUACUCCUCCACAGCCCUAUGCGUCUCUAAAAGAGCAGAAAGCCUUCGAGAAAGGACUCCUCGAGAAGACAGCGAAACAGACUUCGGAUGUGAUACUGUAUGACAACAAAGUGGUGGUGUUCAAAAUGGAGAGCGAUGUCAUGCUUUACGUCGUCGGAGGUCCGGAAGAGAAUGAGAUCCUGCUAUACAACGUUGUUCUUGCGCUGAGGGACACUCUCAGCAUUUUGCUCAAAAACUCGACAGACAAGAGAACGAUUAUGGAGAACUACGACCUAGUCACCCUAGCCAUUGACGAUAUUGUGGAUGACGGCAUUGUCUUGGAGACUGAUCCGGUCAUGGUCGCUUCGAGAGUGUCGAAAGCACCUGCGCAAGACGCUCCGAACAUGAAGAACAUUGACCUGAGCGAACAAGGCAUUCAGAAUCUAUGGGAGUUCGGCAAGAAGCAGGGCAUGGAAUUCGUCCGGAGAAACUUAUAGCCCUUGUAUAUUCGACGGUGCUACUCCCACAGAGCAUUUAUGGUGAGGGAGGUGUUUCGGAGUUUGGUCAGAUUGGCUAGGGAGUCAUUGCAUGGAGUUACGAUACGGGAGACAGGAGACUCAGGAGGACAAAAGAAUAUCAGCAAAAGAGGCCUUGGAUCAUGAUUUAACCAUCUGAACGGCUCCAGGCUGGCCUACUGUGAUAUAUCUCCGCUGUUAUUCGGUGGACAAUAGGCCCUUGAAAUGCAGAGAGGCUCGGUGAAUCAGUAACCGACGUCAUCCGCUCUUUUCUCCA